ACUGGACUGGCUGUCAUUUAGCUUCGGUCUGCUCUGAGGAUAGAAGGACAGCGGUGAAGAAUUGCGGUGGCAGAGAAAGAAACACCGAAAUACGAGCAGGACUGACACCACAAAACAAUGAAACCGGUAGAUGAACACAUUUCAGUGAAAGCCAAUUGAAAUAGCUACUGCUAGCUUCACUGAAAUAUAAGGAACUACCGAUGACGUAAAAUUUGUUUGAUAAAUAAGGUUAGCGGCUAGCUAGCUAGCUGGAGAGAAGGUUGUGUCAUUGAGCAGGCAGGACACGUCAAGACGGAAAAUAUUGCUAGCAAGCCACGGGGUUUAUUUUUUAUGUAACAGAAUUAUAGGGAGGCAUCACAUCUGUAGAAAUUACAUAGUAAUUCAACGCUCUGCAGUUAAUUUCUGUGGUAAAUACAGCAACGGAUCUCGUCGGGGACGUCGCACAAGGGUAUAAAAAGGAAAUAAGGAAAACGGAAUAGAAUAUUGUCUGGGAAAUAUAGCUAUUGGAUAAUAUAAAUGGGGGAUUACGGGUUUGGAGUCUUAGUACAAAACAACACUGGUAACAAGUCCGCUUUCCCAGUAAGAAUUCAUCCACAUCUGCAACCUCCGCAUCAUCAUCAGAAUGCGUCUCAGAGUUCUGCGGCUUUUAUAAAUAACAACACGACGGGCACUGGCAGCAAUGGCGGGUCAGCUUGGCUGUUUCCCGCAGCAGCUACGCACAGCAACAUGCAAGACGAAAUUCUCGGGUCCGAAAAAACUAAAACCCAACAGCAGCAGCAGCAGCAGGAAACGCAAGAAGCGCAAGAAAAGCAGCAGCAGCAGCAACAGCAGCUGUCUCCCGGCCACCAGGAGAGUGGCAUGAUAUCUGAGCUUGAGAAGGCGAGGUCGGAGGAGGGGAAGGGCGAGAACGGCUCCGCGGAGAACGGCAACGGGAAGGAGAAGCUACGCAUGGAGUCCCCGGUGCUGACCGCGUUCGACUACCAGGAGACCACGGGCCUGGGCACCACUGCCCAGUCCAGCACCUCCUCCUCCUUGAGCGGCUUCAACAACUGGUCGGCUGCCAUCCCGCCGACUCCGUCCACCAUCAUAAACGAAGACGUCAGCUUCUUCAACCCCGCCGCCUCGGCCAACAACGGGCCGCUCCUCUUCCAGAAUUUCUCGCACCACGUGAGCCCGGGCUUCGGGGGCAACUUCUCCCCCCAGAUCGGGCCCCUGUCCCAGCACCACCCCCCGCACCCCCACUUCCAGCACCCCCACAACCAGCACCAACAGCACCGUCGGUCCCCCGCCAGCCCCCACCCCCCGCCCUUCCCCCACAGGAAUGCUGCUUUCAGCCAGUUGCCCCAUUUGUCGAAUAACCUGAACAAGCCCCCCUCGCCGUGGGGCAGCUACCAAAGCCCCUCCCCCACCCCCUCGUCCACGUCCUGGAGCCCCGGCGGCGGGUACGGCGGCUGGGGCGGGUCUCAGGGCCGCGAUUACCGCCGCGGGCUGAACGGCGGAGUGACGCCCCUGAACUCCAUCUCCCCGCUGAAGAAGACCUUCCCCAACAACCACGUCCCGUCGCAGAAGUACUCGCGGGCCAACGCCGGCUUCAACCCCAAGUCCUGGAUGGAGGAGGGCAUCGGCCGGAACGAGAACAUCUUCCCCUUUCAGGAGCGCACCCGAUCGUUCGACGGCUUCAACAUGCACUCGCUGGAGAACUCCCUCAUCGACAUCAUGAGGGCGGAGCAGGACACCUUGAAAGGGCGUUUGGGAUUCACACACCCCGGGGGGGACAACCCUUUGCCCAUAAACGCAAGGAAUUAUGGGAGACGACGAGGUCACUCGUCCCUGUUCCCCAUGGAGGACGGCUUCGUGGACGACGAGCGGGCCGAGCAGGUCAUGCCCGGGUUGGGCUCGCCCCACUGUUUCCCCCACCAGAACGGCGAGCGCGUGGAGCGCUACUCCCGCAAGGUCUUCGUGGGGGGCCUCCCCCCCGACAUCGACGAAGACGAGAUAACGGCCAGCUUCCGACGUUUCGGGCACCUGUUCGUGGACUGGCCCCACAAAGCGGAGAGCAAAUCCUAUUUCCCCCCUAAAGGUUACGCCUUCCUCCUGUUCCAAGACGAGAGCUCCGUUCAGGCGCUGAUCGAUGCCUGCAUCGAGGAGGACGGGAAGCUGUAUCUCUGUGUGUCCAGCCCCACCAUCAAAGACAAACCGGUCCAGAUUCGCCCCUGGAAUCUGAACGACAGCGACUUCGUGAUGGACGGCUCCCAGCCCCUCGACCCCCGCAAGACCAUCUUUGUGGGAGGGGUUCCUCGCCCCCUGCGAGCAGUGGAGCUGGCCAUGAUCAUGGACAGGCUGUAUGGAGGGGUGUGCUAUGCAGGCAUCGAUACGGACCCGGAGCUGAAGUACCCUAAGGGAGCAGGGCGGGUGGCCUUCUCUAAUCAGCAGAGCUACAUAGCUGCUAUCAGCGCUCGCUUUGUGCAGCUGCAGCACGGAGAAAUCGAUAAACGGGUGGAAGUGAAGCCAUACGUCCUGGACGAUCAGCUGUGUGACGAGUGCCAGGGGACGCGGUGCGGGGGCAAGUUCGCGCCCUUCUUCUGCGCCAACGUCACCUGCCUGCAGUACUACUGUGAGUACUGCUGGGCGGCCAUCCACUCCCGGGCCGGCCGCGAGUUCCACAAGCCGCUGGUCAAGGAGGGCGGGGACCGCCCCCGCCACAUCUCCUUCCGCUGGAACUGAGCGCGUGCGGAGGGGAGGGGGAGAGAGGGCGGGCGGGCGGGCGGGCGGGCGGGCGGGCGAGAGACCCAGAGGGGAGGGAGCGAGGGAGGAAGGAGCGGAGCUAAGGGCCGGCAGUCGCAAAAACGUCAUAAAUAUAUAAUAUAUUUAAAAAAUGCACUUUUCUGUUGCUGGUUCCUUUUAGUUUUGAUUUAAAUCUUUAAAAAAAAUAAAUUUUUUAUUUAAUAUAUUUUAAAGAAGAAAAGUGAAACUGGAAUUUUUUUUUUUUUUUUUCUUUUUAGAGAAGCAAAAUGCUUAGAAAGACAAAAAUUAUAUAAUCCCAUUUCUCUUUAUUUGACUCCAUUUGAUUCUUUUAUUUCUGCACAUGUAAACUUGAAUACUUUGAGUGAAGAGAUAGAUGCUUCAUCACCUGAUAUCACUGAAAACUACUCCUCCCCCCCCCCCCUCCCCCCCACCUAAACAUUCAGUUCUAAUCCAAUUGGCUACACCCUGACUAUUUAUUUUAAAGCAUUACAUUCAGGCGUGAUCUAGACAAAAGAAAGGAUAGAAAGCGUAACAGGAAGUGGGACUGUGAGGCGUUCCUGUCGAUUAGGAGCGCCCUUUCUUCUUCGUUGGGUGCAGAUUUGGAGUGAAAAUGGCAGUAUUUACCAAAGCGUGGUGGCUGCAGGAUUGAGAGAACCAGGUUCCCAGUGGCUGGGGCGUCGGGCUCGUUUGCGAGAUCAGUGUUUUCGAGCGGGGUUUAUUUUACAUUUUAUUUCAUUUAUUAUUAUUAUUUUUUAAAAACAGCCUCUGGUUUUCUAAGGUCACUUGUUGGAGCGGGAAACCCCUUUUUUUUUUUUUUUUUAAUAGCAGUAUGCUCUCCCAUUUUUCUCACAUGCAAAAUACCUAAUAAUACCUCAAGCUUAGCUGCUAACGUUCUGCAGGAAGUCAGGGAUGGGCCCAGCUGUCCUCUCCUGUCCCCGAACACAGUCCCAGUCCACAGGGUAAAUGACCACGCUGGCGAAAAGGUACAUUUUUUUCAGCACUGCCUCUCCACGCGCGUAUGAAUCCGCUUCAGCAGGGCCCUAAAGAGAACCCGGACUUUAGAACUGGUCAGGCUUGGGGGUUCUGAGAGCUUGCGAACGGACCGUAGGCCUGUAUUUAAAAAAAAAAAACGUUUUUUUUUUUCUCCUUUUGGCUGCAUGAGGCAGUAAUACUCAGGACCAGCCUAACUGCUGGUCCCGCCCCCUAGCCCCCCACCCUUUGCGCGCACAUGAAAAUAGGCCCCUCCCCCAACGCUGUAACCCAGCCCCAUCUUUCUCCUUUACUUUCUGUUUUGUUUUUAUACAAAAGCAGAAGUCACACUAGCCGAGUAACAGCAAGAAUGACAAAGAAGUUCACGCGCACAUAAACACACACACAAACACGUGCAUACGCUCACAUUCACACACGCACGCACACACACACACACUCACACACACACACACACACUCUGCACUGGAUGUAAGCUCGGCCUUGGCCCAGGAUGUGGAGUAAUCAUUACAUGCAUGCCACGCCCCCACGCCACGCCUCACAAGGAAGACCGCCAGUCCCCCCCCCCCCACACGACCUCCACCCCCCCCCCCCAACCCCCACAGCAAUGCAGCGUUAACACCUGGACGCUUUACAGAUCUCCAGCCAAAGAUCUCCAUAUAGUGAGCGCUGUAGGGACACUAAGCUACUUAACUUCUCUAUUUGUUUUUUUAUUUUUUUAUUUAGCAGAAAGUUUUUGACUCUUAUUUCUCUUUUUUUUUUUGGACUUCUCUGGUUUUCCUUCCCUCCCUUUUGGUAAAGUAGAGACGGCCUCACAGCUAACCAAAGAUAGGCCUUGAAUCCAUGACAUCACACACACACACACGAACACGGACACACGCACGAACACACACAUGAACACACACACACACACAGGCACGAAAACACACACACACGCAUGAACACACACACACAGAGGCACGAAAACACACACACACACGCAUGAACACACACAGCUCCUGCAGGGACAGGACAGACCUGGUUUGCUUUUAGGUGGCGGAGUACAGGAGAGUAUGCUGUGGCAGUUUUUUUUUGUUUUGUUUUUUUCCGGGGGGGGGAAGAAAUACAUUUAAAAAAUAGCUUAACGCUCGCGUACGUGAUUGCAGUCAAACUGUAUCUUUAAUCUGCUAACAUAUUACUUGUCAGGGAUUUUAGUGCUGAAAUAGAUCUUAAUAUACUAGUGAGAGACCUUGUUCUGGCUUGAUGGUGUUUCUUUGCACCUGCUCUACCAUGACUUCAGUUUCUGGGUGUGGUGGUUGAACAUUUUAGUAGUUUAACACUUUUUGAAGAAUUUGCUGUUAAUGAGAUAAAAGAAUUAUUUUAUACAUGGCCUGCUGAUUUUUGGUACUGUGUUUUCUAGCUAAAUUAUUUUGUCAUGCACAUAUAAACAUUUAUUAUGCACUACUUUUCUAAAUCUUUUUUUUUGGUUUUUUGUUUUUCUUUUUUUUUCCAACAGUCAUUUUAGGCACAUUUUUCACAAAUGGGAAAACUCCUUUUUGCAAUACCUCAAUUUUUCCACAUUGUGAAAGGUAGCUUUUGUACUUUUGUUACUGAGAGAUCUGCAUAUAUGGGAAAUUUCAUUUAAAAAGAGAAAAAAAAAAGUUGAGUGAUUUUAAUAUACAUUAUUUUCAAUUAUGCUUUUUAUAACUUAAGUGCUGAGGGAUCUUUCCGGCUUUUUUGUGCGUGCACCGGUGUUGAAACUCCCGCGGAACUUUCUGCGGAACACAGAUCAGUGUAUUAUUGAAGAUCUUAUAUCUUUUACACUAGACGUUUCUGUAUAAACGAAACAAUCUGAUCUUACAGCAUGGCGAAAAAAAAGAAAAAAGUUGUUAAUCUAUUGUUGAUAUUUAAAAAUAGAGAUUAAAAAAAAAGAAAAGUUAUGUCUCUACAUGUUCAGCACCUGGCUGUUGUAGAUGAGGAAAAAAAAAAAAGAUUUUGGCUCCCUCACCAUAGCGGAAAAUAUAAUUAUAAUACGAAUGCAAAUUUGGUUCAUGUUAGGCUUUAUCGCUUAUCACAAGAAUGGAUGUUAGGUGUUUAGAUAUUUUAACAUAAAAAAAAAAAAUUAUAAAUAUAUAUAAAUAUAUAAUAUAUAUUCUUGAACUGCCAACUCUAGCUCCUAUUGUAAUCCUUUAGCAUGCAUGACAAAAAGAAAAAAAAAAAGUGAAAAUAAGAAAUGCAGGAAAAUAGCUUUUGAAAUUAAUUGUCGUGAUCGUGCACCAGACGUGUUUCUAAACUUUAAUUUAAGAGCAUCGCCCCCCCCGCACCACCCUCCCCUCUACACCCCCCCGUGCAUUUAAUCUCUCUUCCUUCCGCAUACACACAUCUCUGCAGGAUACGGCGAGAAAACGAAAAAUAUAUCAUUAAAAAAACUCUAAUUUUGCAGUGCUGGACUUUAACAUCUUCUAGGACACUGUUGAGAAGACUUGAUCACUCACCCACACACACACACCCCCCCCCCCCCCUCCCCCACACACACACACACCCCCACACCCGUACACACCCUUUCUCCUGUGGCUUUCAGCCGCUCGUAGAGAAAGAGGACUUAAGACUUGAAUGUGGUAAAUGUUGCAAGUUAGCUUCGAGUCGUUAUGUGCAAUACUUUUUUUGAACCUUUUUCAGAUAAAAAGAAUCUUUGCAAUGUAAUUCUUUAAUGCCAUUUUUAAUUGCAGACAUUUAAAGAAGAUGUUAAUAUGUUUUUCAUAGUCAUUUUCUACUGUUAUUGUAAUCCUUUUCAUGCUGGUGUUUGUAAAAAAAGAAAAGAAAAGAAAUCAAACUAUUUGUACUAAUAUGAAUAAUUGAAGUUAUUUUUAAAAUAUUAAAAGUUUUGUGCUCAUUUGCUUAUUUUGUUUAUUUCAAGCUACUGUGAUUGAUUGCAUUGUAAUUAUUAGGUCAAUAAUGUAUUUAGCAGUUUAUUGGUAUAUUUUUAAUUGGAAUGUAUAAUUAAUUUUUAUAAUUUUGAUCAGAUUUUUGUUAUAUUUUUGAGGUGAAGCUUUUAAUAUGUUAAAGUGUCUAGUUUUUACUAAUUGCUAUAUUGUUCUCCACAAUAUAUGGUUCACAUUUUCAGAAGGAAAAAAAGAUAUUUAAAUAUUUGUCUGUUAAUGAUGUUACUUAAUGGCAAAAAUUUCAGUAGUUUUUAACUGUGUAUGGGAAGGUCGUUGUAUUUAUUAAUAGCAUUUUUUUACUUAAGAUAUCACCUUAAUUUUUAUUGUCAUUCACAUUUAUAAGUUCCUAUUUUUGUAUUUUUCUUUCUAAUUAAGUUAUGUAAUGCAAAAGUCCAUAUUUCUAGGAGUUGGCCUGUAGAAGUACUAGUGAAAACAAAAAAGAAAAUCUAAUGUUAUUUAAUUGUUUGCAGCCAACUAUUUAUAACAAUAUGCAUCAUUUUUAAAUAUUUGUAAUGUGAAAUGUUGAAUGAAUAAAACUUAACUGUGACAAGAAA